UGGCAUCUCGGGUUCCCUCUAGCCGCACUCUGGAGGACUACACUCGUUUUCUUUUGGCCGUGAGAAGCCCCGCAGCCUUCGCUGAGCUGGGAGAAAGAUGGCGGCAGCCGUGCGACAGGAUUUGGCCCAGCUCAUGAAUUCGAGCGGCUCUCAUAAAGAUCUGGCGGGCAAGUAUCGUCAGAUCCUGGAAAAAGCCAUUCAGUUAUCUGGGGCAGAACAACUAGAAGCUUUGAAAGCUUUUGUGGAAGCAAUGGUAAAUGAGAAUGUCAGCCUCGUGAUCUCUCGCCAGUUGCUGACUGAUUUCUGCACACAUCUCCCUAGCCUACCUGAUAGCACAGCCAAAGAAAUCUAUCAUUUCACCUUGGAAAAGAUCCAGCCUAGAGUCAUUUCAUUUGAGGAGCAGGUUGCUUCCAUAAGACAGCAUCUUGCAUCCAUAUAUGAAAAAGAAGAAGAUUGGAGAAAUGCAGCCCAAGUGUUGGUGGGAAUUCCUUUGGAAACAGGACAAAAACAGUACAAUGUAGACUAUAAACUGGAGACAUACCUGAAGAUUGCUAGGCUAUAUCUGGAGGAUGAUGAUCCAGUCCAGGCAGAGGCUUACAUAAAUCGGGCAUCAUUGCUUCAGAAUGAAUCAACCAAUGAACAGUUACAGAUACAUUAUAAGGUAUGCUAUGCACGUGUUCUUGAUUAUAGAAGAAAAUUCAUUGAAGCUGCACAAAGGUACAAUGAGCUCUCUUACAAGACAAUAGUGCACGAAAGUGAAAGACUAGAGGCCUUAAAACAUGCUCUGCACUGUACCAUCUUAGCAUCAGCAGGACAGCAGCGUUCUCGGAUGCUUGCUACUCUUUUUAAGGAUGAAAGGUGCCAGCAACUUGCUGCUUAUGGAAUCCUUGAGAAAAUGUACCUAGAUAGGAUCAUCAGAGGAAAUCAACUUCAAGAAUUUGCUGCCAUGCUGAUGCCUCACCAGAAAGCAACUACAGCUGAUGGUUCUAGCAUCUUGGACAGAGCUGUUAUUGAACACAAUUUAUUGUCUGCAAGCAAAUUAUAUAAUAAUAUUACCUUUGAGGAACUUGGAGCCCUUUUAGAGAUUCCUGCAGCUAAGGCAGAAAAGAUAGCAUCGCAAAUGAUAACAGAAGGACGUAUGAAUGGAUUUAUUGAUCAGAUUGAUGGAAUAGUUCAUUUUGAAACACGAGAAGCCCUGCCAACAUGGGACAAACAGAUCCAAUCGCUUUGUUUCCAAGUGAAUAACCUUUUGGAGAAAAUCAGUCAGACAGCACCAGAAUGGACAGCACAAGCUAUGGAAGCCCAGAUGGCUCAGUGAAUCCUUGCAGACCUUCUGUGCACAUUACAUCCUUUUCCAUGUUGUACAGAUUAAUUUCACUAUCUCUCAAAAACAUUUGCAUUAUGACCUUACAUAUUUCAAUCCCUUUUAUGCUGGAUUCAAUUUAAAGAAGACAUUAUUAGAGCAGAAAGUACAAGCAUUUAAAAAUAUGUAGUUCCCAUUUAUUCAGGAUCUCUGUAUCAGGCUAACUCAGAUGUUUUGAAAGCUUUUUCUUUAAACAGAGUAAGUGAAGUAUCUGUGGCUAAAAAGUUUGGGAUUUGUGAUAACUUUGUAGUUAUGUAAAACUUAAGUACUUUGUGCCUCUCCACAUGUGGUUAUUCUAAUAAAUGGAGAAGUGAGCCAAA